AUGGUCGAACUCACGAACCCCGCCACCAUGAUGAGCCGCCGUUUCAAGCCGGAGGAGAUCCCAGACCAGACGGGUCGCGUUGCCAUCGUCACUGGCGGAUCUGCCGGGAUCGGGUUCUACGACGCCCUGGAGCUCGCGCAGAAGAACGCGCGAGUAAUCAUCAUCUCCGCCACCGAAGACCACGGCAAGAAGGCCGAGGAGGAGAUCAACAAGCGCGUCAAGGAGAAGGGCGCUGCUGGAUCGGUUGAAUGGAUCGGACAGGACCUGGGGGACCUCAAGGGUGUAGACGCGUUGGCCAAGCGCUUGGCGUCUGAGCUUCCGCGUCUAGACAUCUUAAUCCUCAAUGCUGGCGUCGGACAAGGCGCCUAUGGUCUCACAAAAGACGGCCUGGGUAACCACUUUGCUGUCAAUGAUCUCGCACACUAUGUCAUUGCGCUGCGACUCCUGCCCUUGAUCGAGAAAACCGUCUCUUCUGGCUUGACUCCUCCCGGCACGGCUCGAAUUGUCUUCCAGAGCUCUGAGACGCACCGCCUAGCGCCGAGCGACGUCAAGUUCGCGUCGAAGGAGGAGAUCAACGACGGUCCCGAUCGCGAUGCGUUCGUCUUGUAUGGUCGCUCCAAGCUCGGUAUGAUCUACAACGCAAAGGGUUUAGCGAAGCGCAAGAUCAAGCCUGAUACUAAGAUCGUCGUCACUGCCGUCCACCCAGGUACGGUCGACACUGAUCUUCAGGACGCCACAACAGAGUCGUACGGCUUCCUCGGAAAAGUGGCCAAUAACUUCAUGCGUCUCGUCGGGAAGAAUGCGCAGGAAGGUGCCGAGGCGUCCCUCUGGGCAGCUACAACUACAGAGAUCAACGCAGAUAACUGGACGGAGUAUCAGGCUAAUUAUUACUCGGAGCCUAGGGGCAAGCCGCAUACGGAGUCGGAUACGGCCAAGCAGGAGAGUAUUGCUGAUAACUAUUGGGAGUUGUGCGCGAGCUUGACUAGAGAGAUCCUCGGGGAGGAACUGAGAUAA